GCACCUGCCCCUCAGAGAUCUGAUACACCUGCAGCCCAGAGGUCGGCUCUCUGGAAUGGCUGAGAACUUUCCAAAUCCCACCCCAGACUCUGUGGGAUGUUCUGAAGGGCCCACCUUCAGGUCCAGGGUGGUCCUUGUACCUUCUCUUCUCCAUCUUGGACCAAGACCCUUUGCUUUCACUAAAUUACUGGGUUUUGCUAUGACUCUCUGGCUCUUUCUCCAAUUCUGCUCUGCUGCCAUUCAUGAGAGUGUGUUGAUUCGUAAGGAGGGGCAGCGGGUGGUGGACGUGAACAGUAGUGUAGGCUCGGAGGGGGAAGGAGCCAUGUUCCAGCAAAAACACCAAGACCUUUGGACUGAGGACCAGGCCAGCCCGUCAUCGAAGUCCUUUCCCCAGAGACAAGGUGUUCAGCGACCUCCCCCUUGACCUUUCUUUACGUGGUGCCACCGGAAGAGAACGCAGUCACCUUUGGUCACCAGGUGGAAUUAGAAAUGGACCCUACAGCAAGGACAGGGCUCAGACAGGGCCUGGGGGGAGACUGAAGGGCCACAAUCAGAAGAGCACAAGGUGGCUGGGAAAGGCCUGACAUUUGCUCUCGGAGAUGGGGGGCAGCCCAGUGAGGGGGUCACCGUCCUGAGUCUGGACAGGAGACUGAGGACAGAGGGGUGCUGUGCUCAGGGACUCAGUGAUUCCAGAAUGUUCCAUCAUGUUCAUGAUGCCUGAGUGGCUGGAACCACCUGACCUGGAGAAGCCACAGCUUUGGGGGCAGGACAUCAGGAGUUGGAGGGGAGUGGCCCAGCUCUCAGGGCCACCGAUCCCAUCAGACACCCCGAGACAGAGCAAGAAUUUGGCUUCCCAAGAGCAGAGUCACAGGCUCUCCAGGUCACCUGGGACAUAGGAUUCUUUUCCAGUUUCCAAAACCCCAAUUCCAGUUCCCAUCCUGUGUGUCUCCCAGCCAACCCCGCUAAGUGGUUCCCCCAGUCACUGAGCCUCUUGUCUAUUCUCCCAGUCUCCCCAAGACUCCUGGGAAAACUUAGCAUCUACCUCUUUGGUCCCCAGCACAGAGCUACCUGGGAGAAAUUAGCAUCUGAAGCUUGGUCACUGACCUGAGUAACUGUCACAACCUGCCCUCGGCCGUGUGCCUUUGGCGGCCCUGAACAGACAGAGCUCAGCAAACCUCUCCCAGCAUCAGCUCCGCCCCUGCCUGGGCCCUUGCAGUGUUGCUCCCUCAAGUGCCAUGUUCAGGGGGAGCGGGGACCACAACUUUGUCACUGUGCUGUCAGCAGCUCUUGGCGGUAGUUGUACCACUUCAAUGAACCAUCUGUGUUUGGGACUCUUCCAGCUAAGCAUGGGAGGACGGAAGAUGGCAAGAGAUGAGGAAAACCCCUGGGGUUAUGAAGACACCACGAGUGGCCCAAAGGAGAAGAAGCUGAGGCUCAUCCUGGCAGGGAGGACAGGGGUGGGGAAGAGCGCCACUGGGAACAGCAUCCUGGGCCGGAGGUGCUUCGUCUCCAGGCUCGAGGCCACCUCAGUGACCAGAACAUGCGAGGUGCAGAGCUGCAAGUGGGGUGACUGGAACGUGGAAGUCAUGGACACCCCGGACAUUUUCAGCCCUCAAGUCCCCAAAACAGACCCAGGAUUCCAUGAGCGGGCGAGCUGCUACCUGCUGUCGGCACCCGGGCCCCAUGCGCUGGUCCUGGUGACUCAGCUGGGCCGCUUCACCAUGCAGGACCAGCAGGCCCUGAGAGCACUCAAGGACCUGUUCGGGGACCACGUGACAGCGCGCACCAUCGUACUGUUCACCCGCAAGGACGACCUGGCGGGGGGCUCGCUGCAGGAGUUCGUGCGUGACACAGACAACGGCGCACUGAGGAGGCUGGUGGACGAGUGCGGGGGCCGCGUGUGCGCCUUCGACAACCGGGCGGUGGGCCCAGAGCAGGAAGCCCAGGUGCGGGAGCUGCGGCGGCUGGUGGAGAGCCUAGUACGGGACCACUCUGUUGUCCCCUUCACCAACGACGUGUACCACCUGGUGCAGACGCUGGCCAGGGUGGGUCCGCAGGAGCGGAGGCGCAGGGUGGCCAAGAAACUGGCCGACAGCACUCGUGGCCGGCAGGGGCGCCAGCUGCUGGUCAGGCUGCAGGCUUGGGUGCCGCCCAGGAAGAUGUGCGCGGUGCUGCUGCUGUGUGCUGUGUUCCUCCUGUUCUUCCGACUGCUCGCCGGACAAGGGCCUGAGCCCCAAAUCGGCUCUGAGCCCCAAAUCGGCCCUGAGCCCCAAAUCGGUCCUGAGUGACAGGCUAUAAACAGCACUUUGACUGGUCAGCUGACCAUCACACUCAUCUCUGGUGUCUGUGCCUCCAGGGUCCACAGGUUUGCCUUGUGUCCCUCACCUGGCAGUAAUCUACCAACAACAAUAUCCUACCAGGUCCUGUCUCUUCCCCAAAACGUGCCUUCGUGACCUAGCCCUCUCUGAGCUUCUUUCUUACUUAAGCCAAAUAACUGUUGCUUUUGCCUCUUUUCCACUGACCUCAGGCUGUGUCCCCUGUCACUGAAUCAGCCCCUGUCUCCCCACGGGACCAGGGUCAGGCCCCACCCAAACCCUCAGUCCAUCCCCACUGGUUUCAGUUGACCAUGAACUGAGUGAAUAAAUGCACUGGAUGUUCA